AUGAACAACAUGCAUCACCAUCUGAAGCAUUUCGCAUACUUUGUAUCUAUUGUUCUCAAUUGCAGGAAACAAUGCGCUGACGACGAAUCAAAGACAGAUACUGAAAUGACCUGGCACAAACUUCGACUCGAACUCGAGAUGGGUGCACCCGACCCCUUGACCCCGCCUUGCACAAAGCCUGCGCUGCAUGCCGAUGGUACUAUGCCACGCCUGCAGUCCAUCACCAGUAUCGUGGCAUAUCAAGACGGGUGA